AUGGGGUUAUCAUCUCUAUGCUUAAUAACUGUGUCCAUCUAUAUCCUUUCAACAAUUGUGUUGUUCCAUCUUGUGGUGGCCAACUCUUUGCAGUCAUAUAAUACUCCUACUUGCCAUGAUGACGAGAUCUAUGCCUUGCUGCAAUUCAAGCAAAGUUUUGUCAUUAGAAAGUCUGCUUCGGUGGACAAGGGUGCUUAUCCAAAGAUUUCUUCAUGGAAAUCAAACAGCAGUUGUUGCUCAUGGGAUGGCGUAGAGUGUGAUGAGAAGACUGGUCACGUGAUUGGGCUUGAUCUUAGUAGCAGUUGUCUCUAUGGGUCUUUCAGCUCCAACAACACCUUAUUCAGUCUUGUUCAUCUUCAGCAUCUGAACCUCGCUGAUAAUCACUUCAUAGGAUCUCAAAUUCCUACUAGCAUUGGGAAGUUCCCAAGGCUCAGCCUAGCUCAAAAUUUAACUGGCCUACAAACACUUGAUCUUUCUUCCAUUAAUAUAUCAUCCACAAUACCCGACACCCUGACAAAUUUGUCUCGUUUGACAUCCCUCACCCUUGCUGAUUGCGGCCUCUUUGGCAAAUUAUCAGGAAGAAUCUUUAAAUUAAAGAAUUUGAAGGUUCUUGAUGUGAGCAACAACCCUGCUCUCACGGGGUAUUUUCCUGAUGACUAUAGUGGAAGUAGCCCUAAUCUCAUGUCACUCAAACUCUCAGCCACUAAUUUUUUCAUAAACCUGCCUUCUUUGAUAGAAAGGUUUCAUUCAUUGAAAGAAUUAGCUGUGAGUUCAUGCAAUAUUUCGGAAGGCCCAGUACCAUUUUCACUUGGUAAUCUUAGGGAUCUCAUCUAUUUGGACCUUUCACAUAAUAAGUUUAAUGGUCAAGUACCAUUUUCACUUGGUAAUCUUAGGGAUCUCAUCUAUUUAGACCUUUCAUAUAAUAAGUUUAAUGGUCAAUCAUAUAAUACUCCUACUUGCCGUGAUGACGAGAUCUAUGCCUUGCUGCAAUUCAAGCAAAGCUUUAUCAUUGACAUGUCUGCUUCGGUGGACAAGGGUGCUUAUCCAAAGAUUUCUUCAUGGAAAUCAAACAGCAGUUGUUGCUCAUGGGAUGGCAUAGAGUGUGAUGAGAAGACGGGUCACGUGAUUGGGCUUAAUCUUAAUAGCAGUUGUCUCUAUGGCUCUUUCAGCUCCAACAACACCUUAUUCAGUCUUGUUCAUCUUCAGCGUCUGAACCUCGCAGAUAAUGAUUUCAAUUUCUCUCAAAUUCCUACUAGCAUUAGGAACUUUCCAAGGCUCAGGUAUCUCAACCUCUCUUACUCUGUCUUUUCUGGUCAUGUCCCAUCUGAAGUAUUACAACUGUCUAAGUUGUCUUCCCUCGAUCUAUCUCGCAACGAAGAUAUAUUUUUUAAUGAAGAAUUGUUAAGAAGCCUACCUCAAAAUUUAACUGGCCUACAAACACUUGAUCUUUCUUCCAUUAAUAUAUCAUCCACAGUACCCAACACCCUGACAAAUUUGUCUCUUUUGACAUCCCUCAUCCUUGAUAACUGCGGACUGUCUGGCAAAUCCCUAGGAAGAAUCUUUAAAUUGAAGAAUUUGAAGGUUCUUAGUGUGAGGUACAACCCUACUCUCACGGGGUAUUUUCCUGAUGACUAUAAUGGAAGUAGUCCUGAUCUCAUGUCACUCAAACUCUCGGCCACUAAUUUUUCCAUAAACCUGCCUUCUUUGAUAGAAAGGUUUCAUUCACUGAAAGAGUUGGAUUUGAGUUCAUGCAAUAUUUCAGAAGGUCCAGUACCAUUUUCACUUGGUAAUCUUAGGGAUCUCAUCUAUUUGGACCUUUCACAUAAUAAUUUUAAUGGUCAAAUCCCUACCGCUACGUUGGUAAACCUUACCCAACUUACAUAUCUAUCGCUUUCUUAUAAUUAUUUUCAUGGUUCAGUCCCCUGGUCCUUAUUCAAUCUCAUGAAUCUUCAAACCGUUUAUCUAGAUCAUAAUAAUUUGAGUGGUACAGUAGAGUUCCAGAAGUUUCUUAACCUACAAAAACUCACCUCUCUAGAUCUGUCUAAUAAUAAUCUAGAAUUGCUCGCAGAAUCUAGAUUUUUGAAUAAUGCAACUACUGUACUUCCAAAGUUUGAGUAUCUAGGAUUGGGUGAGUGCAACAUAAGGGAGUUCCCAGAUUUCCUAAGAUCUCAAGAUGUAUUGUCUUAUUUAGAUCUCUCUGGAAACAAAUUGCAAGGCCAAGUACCAAAAUGGAUGCGGAACAUAAGCACUCAAACUCUGUUUUACAUCAACAUUUCUCAUAACUUGCUGUCAGGCUUCGAGAAAUCUCCAGCUGUCCUUCCAUGGCUUUACCUUGGCUACUUAGACCUGUCAUUCAACAUGUUUCGUGAAUUAUUGUUGUUACCUUUAACAUCCUUCCGGUACUAUAACAUUGCAAACAACAAAUUAACCGGACGAGUUUCACCAAUGAUUUGCAAUAUGACCUCUCUUGGAUACCUUGAUUUGUCAAACAACAAGUUGAUUGGCAACUUACCGCAGUGUGGGGGAAACUUUGGUGCUGGUCUGGAAUAUCUCAAACUUGGAAACAACUCAUUUCAUGGAAAUCUUCCUCAAUCAUACACCAAUGGAAGGAAUUUAAGGAUGAUAGAUAUUGGUCACAACAAUUUCCAUGGGCAACUACCAAGGUCACUGGCGAAUUGUGCAAGUCUUGAAAUUUUAGUCCUUUCACACAAUAAUUUUAGUGAUACCUUCCCUGUUUGGUUGGGGGCUCUCCCUGAGUUGAAAAUUUUGACAAUGGACCACAAUGUGUUCUAUGGAGUGAUUGUGAAACCUAAUAAGAAGAAUCUUCAAUUCCCGAUGCUGCGUAUUCUUGAUUUGUCUUACAAUAAUUUCUCAGGUCAGUUUCCAUUUGAAUACAUUUUUUCUGGAAAUGGGACAACAAGUAUCACUCAUGAUUUGGAGUAUUACCACAUUUAUGAAUCUUUUAUUGAGUAUUACAGUUACUCAAUCACGAUAAUCUGUAAAGGUGUGGAGAGAUACUACCCAAGAGUUCGAGAGGACUUGAUACUCAUUGACAUCUCAAGCAACAAUUUUGAAGGCAAGAUUCCUGAAUUCAUUGGGAAACUUGAGGGGAUUUGGUCACUCAAUCUCUCCAACAACAUUCUCACGGGUCGCAUCCGAUCAUCGUUGAGCAACUUAUCAAGGCUUGAAUCGUUGGAUAUUUCACAUAACAAGCUCUCUGGUGAGAUUCCUCAGCAACUGGCACAACUUGAUUCUCUCUCAAAGUUCAAUGUCUCUCACAACAAUCUCACAGGCCCUGUACCACGGGGAAUCCACUUCACUACAUUUGACAGCACUUCAUAUCAGGGAAACCAAGGAUUGUGCGGAGAUUUCUUGCCAAAGAAAUGUGGAAAUUCAGAGGGCACUCAACUUCCACCUUCAACAUCAGAAGAUAAUGACUCGGGCUCUGGAAUUGAAUUGGAUUGGAAAUUUGUUGUGGCAGGGUCAGGGAGUGGCUUGUUGGUGGGAGUGGUUCUUGCAGACUUUGUGAUUACCAAGUGGAAUGUGUGGUUCAUUGAGAUUGUUGCAAUUGGAGCCAAUUACGGCGUCGUUUCAAGCCCCAAAAUCGCAUUCAAGACAUUUAUUACCAUUCCGAAAUUGGUUCAGAAUCACGAGUAUAGAUUCGGAGCAGCGCCGAAUGUGUUUGGUUGUAAUAUAUUGAUCAAGAGAAAUGAUUUAGAGACUGCACACCAGGGGAAGCUGGUUGAGGCCAUUAAGGUUAUGGAUGAGAUGGAGGAUAAUGGGGUUGGGGCCAAUGAGGUUACUUAUGGGGUUAUGAUUGAAGCUUGUUGCAAGGAAAAGAAGUCAGGCUGUUUGCCAAACAAGUCUACUUAUGCAAUGUUGAUUGAGGGGCUCUGUGACUCAGGAGAGGAAGCUGAAAUGGCUAGAGUAAUAUCCAUGGCAAAUUGGCAAUGUCAAGUGGAGACAAAUAUUGACAGUGAUUCCUGGGAUCUUUUCCUUUCCAAGGUUGUUGGUGAUUUGCAUACUGCUGGAGAAUGCUGA